CCCAAAAGAUACAUGGUGGCCGAUAACCGUGUAGCCGCUGUGCUUUGUGCUAUGACCGGAUGUGACCACCGCCAGUGUCAUGAGGGCCCAUUCCGAUUGGUAUUUGCCUACUUGUAUGUGGGAGAGGGCGAGGACGAGGAUGAUUGUGUUGCAUACGCGGGUGUGUCCCUGCCAGAGAUGUGCAAUUGGAGCAAUCCAUGCUCUAAAUUUAUGAGCAAGCCAUGCUCUGAACCAUGGAGCAAGCGGUGGAGAGAUUCCUCUGGUCUUCAUGUUCCAUUUGGGGCAUGCAUCGAAUCAACCCCCCAGUCCUCAUCGAAGACUCACUCUACUUCAUACUUUCAUAUUAUGUUGAUGUUUGCAUAGGAAUUCUCAAGUACGACUUGAGCUCUAAUUGCUUAUCACUGCUUGAUGGGCCGCAAGUGGAGGAUGUCUUUGUCGGUGCGACCAUACUCAUGGCCACGGAGGACGACAGUUUGGGUCUUGCACACAUGGAUAGAUUAACCCUCUACUUGUGGUCAAGACAGAUGGGUUCCAAUGGAGUUGCAUCAUGGACUCAACGAACAAUCAUCGACCUCAAAAACCUUCUCCCCGUUCGAAAUCCUGAGAGAAGACCUAGACUAAUUGGAUCUGUGGAGGGCAGUGAUAUCCUUUUUGUGACUGUAGACCUUGGCGUCUAUGAGAUUAAUCUCAAUUCACUAAGGUGGAAGACCAUAUGGAAGACUGGAAGUUUACGUGCUUUGUUUCCAUACAUGAGUUUUUACAAUCCAAAAGAAAGGGAGGAUACUAAAUAAGGUUAAGGGCAGGCUGCCGCUUUCAUCAACGGGAAAGAUGAACGGACCACUUGGGAGUUGGAGGUGACAUGGGUCCUGUGAUCAAUCCUCUUGGGGUAGCUAUUGUAGUGCUGCUUGUUUUCUCAUCAUCUUGUUGCUUGAUAAUUUCCCUAUGUUGCUGGCAUGUGUAAGUGGGUGAACGAAUUAUCUUGUAAUGAACCUCUAGUUUCUUGCAGUAGCAUCAACCAUAGUUUGAUUAGUUUGUUAUUUUAAAAACUAUAUAGUUUGCUUAGUUUUCUACGUGACUCACAUCUCAAUUAAUAUUGUGAAUUCAGCUAUUGGUACAUGUCAAGUGCUGAUGUUACCAUAAUUAUAUUAGAACUACUGGAUGUUUGAUCAGAGAGUGCAAAGGCUACAAUGAUAAUUGCUACAACUAACCUCUG